GUUUCAGAAGUUUCCGAACCGCUAAAACUGGAAUCAUAGGCCCAACACAAUAUUCACCACUGGCCUACCACAGCCAAUCAGAGCACCACUAGCUUACCCACAGCCAAUCAGCUUCUGGCUGACGGGCUGCUGCUAGCCGCAUGUGAAAGUACACAUCAGCCAGACCAAAAUCACAACAAACCUUCCGACAUGGAGUAAACAUCUUGUGUACACCCUGCACUUGAUAAUGAAUUCCCCUCGUUAGCGCCUGCAAAGUGAUUACUGCAACAAUUGUAGAGAGGACUUCCGUAACGAGCGACCGCUACUAAAUCUAGAUCCUAGAUCUAGAAUAUAUUCCAACAAUUCAAAGGCUAAAACUAAAGGGAAGUCCACCCGGCUAAACUGCUAAGGCAGGCUAAAGUGCUAAAGUCUAGGCAAAAAGGGCAGUUACUUUGAACAUCGGUCUCUAGGCUAGAUCUAUUCUAGACUAAUAUCUAGACUCUAGAUCUAGUUCUAGACUCUAGAUCUACUAGUCUAGGCCUAAGUUGAACUGAAUGAGGAGCAUACACAUGUAAUUGUUAGGACUGUAGAGUGAAAAGAACAUUGCUCAGUUUUGAGGAGGAAAGACUACACUUUCAUCUGAUCAGUAUGGCGGGAUCGGCAUUGAAGAGACUCAUGGCAGAGUAUAAACAGCUGACACUGAACCCUCCAGAGGGAAUCAUUGCAGGGCCUGUUGAUGAAGAAAACUUUUUUGAGUGGGAAGCUCUCAUUAUGGGCCCCCAAGACACGUGCUUUGAGGGGGGCGUGUUCCCGGCCAGGCUGACAUUUCCCCCAGACUACCCCCUGAGUCCGCCCAAGAUGAAGUUCACCUGUGAGAUAUUUCAUCCCAACAUAUACUCGGACGGCAGAGUGUGCAUCUCGAUCCUGCACGCCCCGGGAGACGACCCCAUGGGGUACGAGACGAGCGCCGAGCGGUGGAGCCCGGUACAGAGUGUGGAGAAAAUACUGUUGUCUGUUGUCAGCAUGUUGGCCGAACCAAAUGAUGAAAGCGCCGCUAACGUGGACGCUGCCAAGACUUGGAGAGAUGACAGAAACGGUUUUGAAGAAAUUGCCCAGGUCACAGUCCGUAAAUCUUUGGGCUUGUGAUGUCUUUGAAAGUGCUGGCGGCUGGCUGCGUAUGUUGCUCGUUAGUAACUAUGAUCAUUAUUCAUGAGUGGGCAUUAGGGUUAAAAGCGCUCGCGGUAUCUUCAUUGAGAUACUUUUUUUCUACAUACUCACUUUGAAUUUGUUGAAGAUUGCUUUUGGUUGUUUUUUUUGUUUUACAUUUUUUUUUGGGUAGCGGUAGGGUGGGGUGUGCCUCUGAAAGUUUCUGCUAUGCUUAGAGAGCCACAUUUAGCUGGUAGUCAGUCCCGUGUCAUGUGACCGAAAAAUCCUUUUUAUUAAAAGUCCGGGACUAUGGGGGCAUUUGUAGCUGAGAAUACAGUCAGGCAUGGAGAACUCCAACGCGUCCUGGAUCCACAAAUGUGUUUGACAUUUGUUUGACACACAUCUAGAAUUCGGGUUAACCAAUGAUGAAAAAUUAAGGAGAUGUCAGUCAGGGAAUGGCAAAUUGUACGAAUUAUCUGUGAUUUCUAGUUUUUUUGCGUUCUUGUUAUCUGUGCCUGCAUGUAUUUAGUUUGGGAAGAGUGUUCUAUGGUCUGCUGGGGUAAUAAUAUAAUGUAAAGCGCAUAGAGCGUGCUGUUGAGCGGGGAUAUGCGCUAUACAAAUGCUAUCUAUUAUUAUCUAUUAUUAUUAUUAUUACUGAUAACUUCACAUGUCCUUUCCACGUGUUGAGUGAAUGCCAGGUUUUGGAACAAUGUGAGAAGAAUAAAAGAUUCAUGAAAAUCUUGAAA